AUGCAGGAGAACUAUGAGACCUCGCUGGGUGACGGGAUGGUGAGUGAGAACAGGGAGAUGACAUCUCAGCAGGAAGAGGCUGAGGGAGUGGAAGCACAUAGGGGAUUAUCACAAAGAUCUAAAAGGAAUGCGUCCAUGUGUCAUGAGCCAGGAAAAACCUGUGAGACUCAGCGCAGGCCAGGGAUGCAGCAGGGCAAUCAGUCAGGGGAGAAAGCUGGUGGAUCCAUUCAUUGUGAGGGAAUCCACAAGGACCUCAAGGAAUCCACAGCCCAGCAGAGAAUCGUCAUGGGAGAGAGAAAAAACACAUGCACUGAGCAUGGGGAAAACUUCAUUAAUCACUCAGUCCUUAUUACCCAUGAGAGAAUCCUCACUAAAGAGAGACUCUAUGAAUGCUGUGAGUGCGAGAAAACUUUCACUCAGCGCUCACACCUUCUUAGACAUCAGAGAAACCAUACAGGAGAGAAGCCCUAUGAGUGCUGUGAGUGCGGGAAAAGCUUCAGUCAGAGUUCAGACCUUAUCAGACACCAGCAAAGUCAUGUGGGAGAGAGACCGUACGAAUGCUGUGACUGUGGGAAAAGCUUUAUUUACUGCUCAGACCUCAUUAGAUACCAGAGAAUCCACACAGGCCUGAGACCCUACAAAUGUGGCGAGUGUGGGAAAAACUUCGGUGACCACUCAGACCUUCUUACGCAUCAGACAAUCCACACGGGAGAGAGACCCUAUGAAUGCUGUGAGUGUGGGAAAACCUUCAUGCGGCGUUCACGCCUUGUUAGGCACCAGAGAAGCCACACAGGGGAAAAACCCUAUGAAUGCUAUGAGUGCGGGAAAAGCUUUGCUGUCAGUUCAGCCCUUAUUAAUCAUCAGAGAAUUCACACGGGAGAGAGACCCUACGAAUGCUGUGAGUGCAGGAAAACCUUCAUUGAUAGCUCAGCCUUUAGUAAACAUCAGAGGAUCCACAAAGAAGAGAGACCCUAUGAGUGCUGUGAGUGUGGGAAAAGCUUCAGCAUGAGCUCAGCCCUGGUUAGACAUCAGAGGAUCCACACGGGAGAGAGACCUUCCUACGUAUGCUGUGAGUGCGGGAAAACCUUCAUUCGCCGGGCUCACCUUAGUACACAUCAGAGGAUCCACACAGGUGAGAAACGCUAUGAAUGCUGUGAGUGUGGGAAAAGCUUCACUGAUCUCUCAUCCCUUAUCUCUCACCAGAGAGUCCACACGGGAGAGAAACCCUAUGAAUGCUGGGAGUGCGGGAAAAGCUUCUCUCAGAGCUCAACCCUCAUGACACAUUACAGAAUUCACACAGGACAAAGACCCUACGAAUGCUGUGAAUGCGGAAAAACCUUCACUCAGAGCUCACACCUUACAAUACAUCAGAAAAUACACACGGGAGAGAAACCCUAUGUAUGCUGUGAGUGUAGGAAAAGCUUCUCUCUGAGGUCGCACCUCAUUCGGCAUCAGAGAAUCCACACAGGAGAGAAACCCUUUGAAUGCUGUGAGUGUGGGAAAAACUUCACUCUGCAUUCAGACCUUACCACGCAUCAGAGAAUCCACACGGGAGAGAGACCCUAUGAAUGCUGUGAAUGCGGGAAACGCUUCACUCGGAGCUCAGCCCUGACUAGACAUCACAGAAUCCACACAGGAGACAGACCCUAUGAAUGCAGUGAGUGCGGGAAAAGCUUCAGUCGGAGCUCAGCCCUGACUAGACAUCACAGAAUCCACACAGGAGACAGACCCUAUGAAUGCUGUGAGUGUGGGAAAAGCUUCACUCAGAGCUCAGCCCUUAUCUAUCAUCAUAGAAUCUGCAAGGGAGCUAAACACCAUGAAAAUCUCCUAAAAUGUCUUUCUCUAACCACGUGUUGUGACAGGCUGCGGUUUCCUUUCAGCCAGGGCUCCCCUGACCCUUUCCUGCUGCCCAAGUUCAGUUCUUCAAGAGGAGUUGAUAUGAGCACAGAGAAAAGGGGGAGGUUGCUAGUUUCCAAACCUGAUGUGAUCUCCCAGCUGGAAGAAAGGAAAGAGCCCUGGGUCCCAGACCUCCUGGGUUCAGAGAAAAGGGAGAUCCUGAGAGGUCCCUGCACAGCAGGUGAUGCGAUGGUGCGUGAAAAUGAGGAGCAGAAUUCUCAGCAGGAAGAUCCUGAGCAAGUGGAAUCACACAGCGCAUUAUCGCAAAGCUCCAAAGGGAAUGUGUCCAGGAGUCACGAGCAGGGAACAGCCCUUGAGAUUCAGCACAGAGCAGAGAGGGAGCAGGGAAACCAGCCAGGAGAGAAAAUGGGAAAAUUAAUUUACUGUUGGGGAACUCACAAGGACUUGAAGGACACCACAGCCCAGCAGGAAAUCCUCAGGGGGAAGAGAAAAACUACAUGCCCUGAGUGUGGGAAAAGCUUUAGUCACUGCUCAUCCCUUAUCAGACAUCAGAGAAUUCACACAGGGGAAAGACCCUAUGAAUGCUGUGAGUGCGGGAAAAGCUUCACUAACAACUCAAGCCUUAUUACGCACCAGAGAAUCCACACCGGGGAAAGACCCUAUGAAUGCAGGGAGUGUGGGAAAAGCUUCACUGACAGCUCACAUCUUACUAAGCAUCACAAAGUCCACACUGGGCAGGGACUCUAUGAAUGCGGUGAGUGUGGGAAGAGCUUCACGGAUAGCUCGGCCCUUCUGAAACAUCACAGAAUCCACACGGGCGAGAGACCCUACGUAUGCUGUGAGUGUCAGAAAGCCUUCAGUCAGAGCUUUGAGCUUACUAGACAUCAGAGAAUCCACACGGGGGAGAGACCUUAUGGAUGCUGCGAGUGCGGGAAAAGCUUCAUUCAGCACUCACACCUCAUUAGGCAUCAGAGAAACCACACGGGUGAGAGACCCUAUAAAUGCGGUGAGUGCGGGAAGAGCUUCACUCAGAGCUCAGACCUGAUUAUACAUCAAAGAAUGCACACGGGGGAGAGACCUUACGUAUGCUGCGAGUGUGGGAAAACCUUCAUUCAGCAUUCACACCUCAUUAGGCAUCAGAGAAACCACACGGGUGAGAAACCCUAUGAGUGCUGCGAGUGUGAGAAGACCUUCAUUCAGUUGUCAGAACUUACUCGACAUGAAAGAAUCCACACAGGAGAGAAGCCCUAUGAAUGCCAUGAGUGUGGGACAAGGUUCACGCAGAGCUCAUCCCUUAAAUGUCAUCAGAGAAUCUGCAAGGGAGAUAAACCCCAUAAAAACCUCACAGGCUAGCCAGACAUUUUCAUCUCUAAUACUUUUGCUGAUUUCCAUGUAGUAACCUUUAAGGCUGUUUGAACCGUUUGCACCACCAUUAUCCCUCAGCUUGUCGAGAUGAGUUGCCCAUUUUUGCCAUUUUGCAUUUCCCCGUUUUGGAGUGGACCCCGUUGUCCUGGCUAUCAACUCCAUUGUCCCAGGAGUAAUGGGAGUGGAUCCCUUCUUCCAGGAAACAAGGAGCAUCACGUUUAUACCGUUCCUCCUAUUGCAAAGUAAUUGUUAGGGUCAUCAGUGAUUGAUUGUUUCAUUCUCAGUUGUUCUCACGUUGCUCUGGAUUGUGGUGGAGAGCAGUUAUUUUUUGACCUUUUUUUCAUUAUAUUUAAAUGAGGAGCAGUGGCAGGGAAAAAAGUGUCAUUUCAGCCUCGGUGACACUGGAAGGAGAUGGGGCGACUCACAGAGAUUCCUUCCUUCCUUCCCCAUCACUCCAGAAAUGUUCACACCUCUCUGAGCCAUGCAGAGUUUAUCUUCUUCACAUUCCAUCCCUCUACUUCUCAAAGUGUCAUGUGAUGCAGUGUUCUCAGCUGUCUGUGCUUGGAGAUGAUGCUUUGACUUCUUUAAUCCUAUAUCAGAGUCGCUAUGGCUGGAGAUGAAGGUGUCAAAGACGUGGAAGGGGAAUUCAAAUGGAUCCCAACACAGUGAGAUCAUUUCCAGUUUAAAUCCCAGUUUCCAACUAUUGGCCAAGCCACUUGGGGGAAGGUUGGCUGUAUUUUCCUCAUUAUGAGGAUGCUAAAAUGCUAAAACUUUAGUAAAUUACAUAACUCGACAGUGCCGAAUGAAGCAGGUUUGAAUGGCUCAGAGGAGAAUGUGGUGGGAGAAUCUCUUGUCCCAAUUCUGAGUUAUUAGACAUAACCUGCUCUGAAAUUUCACUCAGCACUUUCACUGUCAUGUAUUCUGUCUCUCUGUGAUGUGGGUUUCUAUCUUUCCUGAAAAGUUGUUUGGUCGCCCAAUUGGAUAGUAGUUUACUUUGAUGGGACGUAGCUCAGAUUUAUUGGAGACUUGGAGACAAAUGACCAGUUGCUAAAGUCAUUACUUCUCACUUCCGCGCUGCUUUUCCCCCACCCUCCAUGAUGACGUGGAGAAAGUUCAAGUGCAGUUCACUCAACAGGAGAGAACUCUCCAAUUUACUGGACAUGCUAACAAAGCAGCAGCAGUGAUUUAAAAUCUCCACUGGGAAAUGGUGAACAGCAGAACCCCAACUAACUGAAGCAAGUGCAGAUGAUCACAGUGGAGUUCAGUUUAAGCCAGCAGUUCUCAAACUUCAUUGCACCGUGACCCCCGUCUGACAACAAAAAUUAAUCCCCGGUGGAAGCAGUGCGGAGUGGAUGAAGCCACACCUGAGUCCUGCUGUGUGUUUGGCGGGGGGGCUGAAGCUGCAGAAAAAUAUCUAUUUUUGACUAGAAACUCCUAACUUACCGAGAUUCUGGUCCAGGCCUGUAGCUAGUUCCUAGCCUUGACCCGUGCCACCAAGUUAAAGAAACACUGGGCAUGUUUGGGGAAGCCGUUCCGCACUAGCACGGCUGAGAUUUUUGAGUGGUUUGGUAAAGGGUUCUGCUUCAGAGACAUGUAAAUUUACUAUAACCCAGGCCAAUGAUUUAGAAAGGAGGAGGGUGGAAAUAGUACUUACCCAGUUCUUGGUUUUCACCCAGUAAGGGAAACUGGUGACCCAUGGCCCAAGGAAAAUUCUUUGUAGAACACCACUUCCUAGUUAAGUGUCACGCUUACGGUCCCAAAGGAUCCCAGGGUUCAAUUGAGAACAAUCAUCUUUCACUGUUUGAAUCCAGAGUUUCAGGAGGCAAAUAGAGAGAGAGUCCUUCCGAGGACAUUCCUUCCCUGUGAAUCCCAAACGGGCGGCCACUGCCAUGCUGUGGAAAUGAUGGUAAGCAAUGAGGGAGUGAAUGGGUCAGGCUCCAGUUGCAGGAUACACAAAUGUUAAGAGUUCUGAUCUAUGCUUUUGCGUCUUAGGCCUCAUGUACACUCAAAUGCUACAUCGGCACAGCUGCACCACUGCAGCGCUUUAAUGACCAACCUAUACUGUGAAGGGGGAGAGCUCUCUCGUCAGCUUAGGUAAUGCACCUCCCACAGUGCUGUCUACAGGGGGUGACAUUGUGUACCUCAGAGUAGCACCCCUGUCUCAUGACGGACGUGUUUUGUGCAGUGCAGGCCUGUGAGGUAGCAUUUUCAAAGUCUAGCUCUGUUGAACCCUAAUACCUUGUUGAAUUGUAGGUACGAUCCUUGUAUGUGAAGUUGUGCUGUGUGUGUUACUGAAAUACGCUGUGAGGCUGGGAAACGCCAAGAGCCAACCUUUCUGCUGCAACAAAGGAGAAGCUAUCGCUGGCCAGACAGGCACUGAUGGCUCAUCAAGAAGAAUCCACUCUCCCAGAGGCUCCUUAGAGAGGGAACAUAUGCAGUGGGGACAGCCGAACCCAGGGGUCCGCAGCCUUUCAGAAGUGGGGUGCCGAGUCUUCACUUAUUCACUUUAACUUAAGGUUUCGCAUGCCGGUAAUAC